AUGUAAACAACACAAGCUUCACGUGAAGAAAGUGUUGUCUGCAUUUUUUGGGAGAAUGGCAACUUUUGACUGGGAGGCGAUUCUUAAAUCUGCAUACAGGGAUUGUUGUGAUGGAGAGGCGUUUAGUGAAUUCAGAGGAGCUUCAUCAGAUGCUGAUCGUGUGUCCUGGUGCAGUCAAUUUUGUAUUUGGAGUGAUGACAGUGUUCGUCAGUUUAUCCAGAGAUGUGUUGAAGCAAGCUGUACCAAGACAAGCAGCAAGUCAUAUGAGCUGAGCAGAUCUUGGAGGGAAGAGGGAAACGAAUGGUUCAAGAAGAGAAGAUACAAUGAAGCGCUCUUAUCUUAUACUAAGAGUGUCCGGACAGCACCUUACGACCGUGAUGGUGCAAGUAUAUCUGACAGCCAAGCAUUAGCAACGGCAUUCGGAAAUCGCUCUGCUGCCCUCUAUCAUCUUAACAAAUAUGAGUUGGCCAUUCAAGAGUGCGACCGUGCCAUAAACCACGGCUAUCCUAAGGCGCUGCUUCAUAAAAUACUGCAGAGGAAAGGACAGUGUCUCAUCAAAAUGGGUCAAAGCAAAACGGCAGCUACAGUUUUGAGACAAGCCCUGUUGACGUUGGAUGAAGAAGCCAAUAUGAGAAAAGAGAAAAAAGAAUCUUUGAAGUCUGAGAUAGAAAAACUCCUCAGUGACUGUUCACAGUCAAGUGUGGACGGGAUUACAACUAUCCCCAGCAAACCCAGCAAGCCAGAAGAGCUGUGUGAACCAUCAGACGAACUAGCGAGUGCAUCUUCCUCUGUAGGCCUACGAAUCUGCAAAGACCGGGGCAGGCACCUUGUUGCUGAUUUGCCAGUGAGUGCAGGGGAACUGCUUAUCAAGGAGAUGCCAUACGCAGUCGUUCUUUUACCAGAAUACCAUAGUACACAUUGUCACCAAUGCUGUAGAACAACGCUAAACCCUGUACCGUGUCCAGUGUGUACUGAUGUCCAGUACUGUAGUGACCAGUGCAUGCGGUCAGCCUGGGACUCCCACCACUGGCUGGAGUGCGGUCUGUGGGAUGGUCUCAUGAUGUUUGGUACCCAAGCCUGGCUGAGCCUGCGUCUUCUCCUUCAAGCCCAAUCUUGGCAAAAUGCCAAGCGUGUUGCAGACGAAGCUUGUUCACAGCAAACCUCAUCAUCAGCCUCGUCAAAACACCUCAGUGCAGACCCUCAAAAAUCUGCAACGGAGAUUGGAGGAGGGAAAGUAACACCUCAAGAAAGUGAGGUUAAGAGGGAAGAGGGAACCUCUCUAAAUGGUCAUGGAAAACAACACCAUGUAAUAGACCCCCAAACCUCACAAACAGAGAGUGUAAGGGAAGAGUCCGAACCUUGCAGUACAGAGAAUACCUCACCACACAAUUCUAUGCAAGAGCACAUCAGUGAGGAACCUCAGAACUCAACAGUGGACAUUGUUAGAGACGGUGAGGAUGAGGUUAAGAGGAACAACAGAACCUCACUCCCAGGAUGUGAUCAAGAUGGCUGCUAUCGGAGCGACUAUCGAGCAGUAUACCUCCUCAUGCCUCACACAAAGAACCAUUCUGACCAACAGCUCUUCAACAUGACAAUGACGGCCCUCUUGCUUUCAAAAUGUAUCCAGAGAAAGCUGCUUAGCUCUACGCGGUGGAUGCAUCAUAUUCAAAAGGCCUCUGCCACUGCAUUAAACUUGGGAUGCCUCAAAGAGGGAAGCAAGGAUAGGACAGAAUGUAGCAAACAGUCAAACUGUACCAACAAUUUUGAAAGUGAAAAGAAAUAUGAUUGUCACAAACCCAGCCAUAAUCAACUUGAUGAGAACUUCCCGUCAAUUGUUAGUGAGACGGCUGCGUUGCUCCUGCGACAUUUGCAACAGUUGACUUGUAACUCCCAUGCCGUAACUACCAUCCAGACAUCAGAAGAUUUGAACUCUCUCUCAAGCAUGGACAAAAAGCUUGAACCAACGAACUCAAGACUUGGUGCAACUAACCAAACAUUGAAUGCUGACACACCAGUCGACACAACGGUGGACAAACAACAUGAUAAACAGCGUGAGGCAGUGGUAGAUACAACCAAACAGGUUCGACUGGCUACUGCCAUAUAUCCAACAGCAAGUCUGCUUAAUCAUUCCUGCCAACCAAAUGUCAUUGCAAGCUUUGAUGGUGCUGUCUUGACUAUGAGAGCCACAAGAGACAUCCAACCAGGACAAGAGAUUCUACAUUGCUAUGGACCUCAUGCCAAGCACAUGAGCAGAGAUGUGAGACAGAGAGCUUUACAGGAGCAAUACUUCUUCACUUGCACCUGUCAUGCAUGCACCACGGCACCUGCUGAUGAAAUAGAGAUGUGCGAUUGGUCCAACUCAUUUGCGUGUUGCAAGUGCAGUCAUCCGUUAGUGCAGAGAGAAGGCAAGAAGAAAGUUGGUGUGUGCGUUAAUUCAAAAUGCAGACAUACACAGAGCCUGAGAGACAUGUUAAAGGAGAAAGAGAGAGCUAGCAAUUUGUUCAAAUUAUCUCAACAUUUCUUGGCAUGCAAACAUGUUGAAGAAUGUCUGGGAAUCCUACAUCAAUGCUACAACAUCCAGCGAGAGAUAUUGUACAAGCACCAUAAAGCAUUAGCUGAGACGCAGGACUGCCUGGCGCAAUGCUAUUCACACAUGGGUGAUUUUAAAACAGCCGGGAAGUAUCUACAACUGAGCAUCGAGACAGUAGAGAAGCAAUAUGGAUCAGAAAGCAUUGAAUUGGCAAAUGAGCUUCAUAAACUUGCACAAGUUCUAUUUAAUGGAGGUGAGGUACAAGACGCCCUCGUCAUCGUGGAUCGUGCCAAUCAGCUUCUGGGUUUACAUUAUGGACCAAACCACACCGAUGUACAGGAGCUGACCGAAAUGAAAUCAUGCUUAAUGUCCCUAUGAAUAUGAGUCUUCUAUCGAUUACUUCAUUAACUCUUAAGCACUUGUAUUACAUUGUACUACACUGUAAUUACUCUUGGAUUAAUCCAUGAAACAAUAGAGGGCUGGGGCAGUUUUGGGAUAGUAUAGAGAGUAACAG